AUGAGUCAGAAUAUUGUUCUGCGGAUCGAAUGUAAUCUAAAAUCCUUUUUUUGUAAACGUCGAUUUCCUGUUUCUGAAUGGACUCUACAAGAUUUUCGUUUGUAUAUCCAACAAUUAUUCGAUAUAAAAAAGGAAAAUUUGAUCAUAUUAUUACAUUCAGAAGAAUUAAGUCAAAAUCAAGAUAGUAGCUUGUUGUGUGAUAUCGAAAAUUUGUAUGAAAAUGAUACAAUUAUAAUUGAUUCAUAUUGCCAUGCGGACGACAUAGAUAAUGUUAAUAGAUUACCAGAGAAAUACCAAAUGUCAGAUAAAAUUUAUUCACAACGAAAAGGUACAUUGAAAGAGUAUCUUCAACAAAACAAAAUUGGAAAAUAUGGUGAUCACAAUGCGUUCUCACACACAGUAUUCAACAAUAAUAAACAAAAUGUACUGAAAUUAUAUGAAAUGAAUCGUAAAAAAAUGGAAGAACUAUACAUAGGAAUGCAUGUAAAAGUGAAUGAACCAAUGUUGAAUAUAAGAUAUGGAGAGAUUGUUUAUAUUGGUAUGUUACGGGGAAUUUUCGAUGAAUUUAUUGGUGUUCUCUUUGAUGGUCCAUGUGGUGAUUCAAAUGGAUCUGAUGGUAUUAUUCAAUACUUUGAUGCUAGAAGAAGACAUGCUAGUUUUAUUCGACCAGAAUAUAUCGAGAUCAUAACUAUAGAAGAAACGAUGAAAUCAUGA